AUGUCGUCCCGGCACUUCAUCAACGACGCCACGGACCUCGUCCACUCGGCGCUGCACAGCCUCACGCUCACCAACCCGCACGUCGCACUCGACGCCGAGCACAAGAUUGUCUACCGGCGCCCGUCGCCGCACGCCGCGCCGCAGGUCGCGCUCCUCGCCGGCGGUGGGUCCGGGCACGAGCCUUCCUUCGCCGGCAUGGUCGGCCCGGGCAUGCUGACGGCCGCGGUCGCGGGCACCGUCUUUGCGAGCCCAUCAGCUGAACAGGUGCGUCAGGCGCUGAUGACGCGCGUGGGCGCGGCGGGCGGGCGCGGCGUGCUCGUCGUCGUCAUGAACUACACGGGCGACGUGCUCAACUUUGGCAUGGCGGUGGAGCAGGCGCGCGCGGGCGUCGCCAUCGAAAUGGUCGUUGUCGGCGAUGACGUCGGCGUCGGGCGCGCGCGCGGGGGCAAGGUCGGGCGGCGCGGCAUCGCCGGCACGGUGCUCGUGCUCAAGAUUGCCGGUGCGCUGGCGGCGCGCGGCGCGCCGCUCGCAGACGUGGCCCGCGUGGCGAGGCUCGCGGCGGACAACACUGUCAGCGUCGGCGCCAGCCUGGCGCACGUCCACGUGCCGGGCCGCGCGGUGGUGGACGAGGACGGCCUGGCCCGCGGCGAGGUCGAGAUCGGCAUGGGCAUCCACAACGAGGCCGGCUGCGAAAAGGCGCGUCUGGCGCUGCCGGCGCUCGUUACCAAGAUGCUCGCGCAGCUGCUGGACGGCACCGACGCGGACCGCGCGUUCCUCACGGUCAACUCCAACGAGGUCGUGCUGCUCGUCAACAACCUCGGCGGCGUCAGCCCGCUCGAGAUGGGCGCCAUCACGAGCGAGGUCGUCGCGCAGCUGCGCGACGCCCACCGCAUACGCCCCGUGCGCGUCAUCAGCGGCACCUUUAUGACGAGCCUCAACGGCAUGGGCUUCAGCAUCUCGCUGCUCAACGUGGUCAACACGGGUGUCGCGGGCGGUGCCGCGGCGGCGCCGAACAUGGUGGAGCUGUUGGAUGCGCCGUCUGAGGUGACGGGGUGGUCGGCGCCGGUGCAGCGGACGACGUGGGAGGCCGCGGCCGGACGCGCCGAGGAGCCGGCGGUGGUGAAGAGGCAAGAGGGAGAGGCCAAGCCGAGCGGAUUGACGUAUGAUACGGUGGCGGCAAAGGAGGCGCUGACGGCGGCGCUGAAAAGGGUCAUUGCGGCAGAACCGGACGUGACGAGAUACGACACCGUCGUCGGAGACGGCGACUGCGGCAUCGGUAUGAAGCGCGGCGCCGAGGCCGUGCUGAAGCACCUCGAGACGCGCCCGCUGAGCGGCGACCUCGUCGUCGACGUCGCGGGCAUCGUGCGCGUCGUGGAGAGCACCAUGGACGGCACCUCUGGCGCGCUCUACGCCAUCUUCCUCAACGCGCUCGUACACGGUUUGCGCGCGCGCGCGCCGGGCGCCGCCUCGCUGGGGCUGUGGGCGGCCGCGCUCCGGCAGAGCUGCGACGCUCUCGCGCGGUACACGCCGGCCCGGCCCGGCGACCGCACGCUCGUCGACGCGCUGUACCCGUUUGUCGAGACGCUGGCGGCUGGUGGCGACGUCGCGCAGGCGGCGCGGGCGGCGCGCGAGGCCGCUGAGGCGACAAAGGGCAUGAAGGCCAGUCUGGGCCGCUCCGUGUACGUCGGCGGCAGCGGCUACGAGGAGGUGCCUGACCCGGGCGCGUGGGGUCUCGCGUGCCUCUUUGAGGGCCUGGCAGGUAUUUAG